AAAACAUUUGAAUUCCAAUUUGCCGUUUACAGUAAAAUACACUUUUUGGUCAAUGGUUGUCAUAGUUAUAGUUUCUCAUUUUUGUGUGACCUUGAACUUGCUUUAAACUGUUUGCAUCAGAUGUGACACACAUACCAGAUGAUUCGUUGUAGCAGUAUUGGUUUACAAGGCCAGCUGUGUCUGAUUAACACACCUGGCUGUAGUAGAGUAGAGCCGAUGUAAAUAGUAAUCUCGUGUAUACUGAGACUUGGGUCAAACAUGUAGGAUGUGGUUUUGUCUUGUAGAUUUUAUUGGCUCAUCCAAGGGGACUACACACCCAACUGUGAUCAUCUUGUUCCAGGUUUUACGCUGGAGAGCAGAGCGAUGAUAUUAUUAAUGUUGGGAUGGAGCUGCCAGUUGAAGUCAUCCUAAAAUAACGCGAUGACUCGUGAUGAUAUGUUAACACAAAGUUCUCACUUUCAUUUGGAUUUGAAACAUGUUUUAACCGUGGGACGUGUUGGUGGCACAAAUUUAUUCAUAAUACUGGCAUUUGUAUACUACUUAUUUAUUCUGUUCCUGUGCGAUCGGUGUCCACAAUAACACGUCGUGAAUGUUAUUAUUGUACGACUCCAAACGCGGUCCGAGAGGAAGAGGAAGACUCGGCGAGCUCCGAGCCUCUGUGUUGUUUCCAAGAAAGCCCCCUUUUUUGUUUUGCUGCUGUUGUCUGUCUAAUGCAGACGUGUUUUAGACGGCAUCCAGAGACAAGAUCAAGGUGUGGAGCCCACAAUAUCUGUCUGUCUGCUCCGGGAUAAAACACAAAACACAUACGUCUGGGGGUGAGGGGGGGGCGGGGGGAGUUACCCCUCUCCAUUCUUCUUCCUGUCUCAGAUCAGAUGGAAGGGAAGGAGAGACGCAUGGGGAGAGAACGGGCCGGUGGGGAUGCAUAGUCCUAGAGUCAGUGGCUGAUAAGCAUCAGCAUUCCCCACCCAGUGUGCUGGUGUUUAGAUCUGGGCUGGAGGUUGGGUGUGUCCUAUCUUAUCUUCAUCUAAUGAACAGUCCACAAACAUUUGAGAUGUUUUACAGAGUGUUUGUCAUUCUUUGACUUGGGUUCUGUAAUGCAGGAAUACCUACAGUGUGUUUCCCUUCCAGUAUCAAACUGGUCUCUAAAUAGCCUUGUCCACUUGUCUCAUUCUCGCCUGGCAUGGCAGCUAAGGUCUGUAUAUGUGCAGUCUCUGCCAAAGCACAACGGGUUCGCACUGAUAUUCAAAUUCUCUGCUGGCCCGGCGCCGUUAGUUCCAUGUAGAGGAAGUAUCUUGGCCUGGAAACACAGUGCUAUUGUACAGCCCGGAGUCGAAACAUUAUAAUUCAUAUGCGCUCUGGCCGGCUGCUCCGCCCCUCACAUCCUCUCCUGAGCUGACUGGGCAUGCAGACGCAGACAGCCUCCAAGGAAUCGCCGGACGGGAAAUAAACCCCUGCCUGUUGACUAUUGACGUAACGAGAUAUCAUAUGGUCGUGGAAGUUAAGUUUGAGGUCUGUGAAAGCUGUAAAAAAUGUGGGACUCCACGUCCCGCUUACGUCGGGUAAACUACGAAUUCGGGUUCUCUUGGGCGAUCAGCGACCGAACGCAGUUCUGACCGCUGGAUGACGCGCGGAGAUCCGCUCACCCAAUCCCCGUGGUGCUCCACCGACGAUGUGGAACCAGGAAUAUGAUGUUCAUUUUGACUUUUUACUUCAACUUCUUGAUACGGACCUCACGGAUGGGCUGUCGGAGACGGACGACUGCGAGCCGGAGCGUCUGGAGCGCGUCGGCAGCACAGACACGCUGGCCAACGGUUGCCGUGCCGACUGUGAGGCCGCCCGGCGCCUGGCCAAACGCCUCUUCCACCUGGAGGGCUUCAAGCGCUGCGACGUCGCCCGACACCUCGGCAAGAAUAACGACUUCAGCCAGCUGGUGGCGUCCGAGUACCUGAGCUUCUUUGACCUGUCGGGUCUGUCUCUGGACAGGGCCCUGAGGAUGUUCCUGAAGGCCUUCCCUCUGAUGGGGGAGACCCAGGAGAGAGAGAGGGUGCUGGUUCACUUCUCCAAGCGCUUCUGUCACUGCAACCCCCAGAUGGCGUCGUCCGAAGGCCAGGGUGACGAAGAGGAGGACAGCGAGCGUGACGAAGACGGAGCUCACACAUUAACCUGCGCCCUGAUGCUGCUGAACACCGACCUGCACGGACAUGUGAACAUCGGCAAGAAGAUGUCCUGUACGCAGUUUAUCGGCAAUCUGGACGGCCUGAACAACGGAAAAGACUUCCCCAAAGAAUUAUUAAAGGUGCUGUACAACUCAAUAAAGAACGAGAAACUGGAGUGGGCGAUGGAGGAGGAGGAGCUGAGGAAGAGUCUGUCUGAGCUGGUGGAGGAGCAGUGCGAGGGCGGCACUAAGCGCGUUGCCAGGGUAACGGACGGCCAUAACCCCUUCAUUGCCAUCCCCAUCCUGCUCAACGCCGUGACGUACAAACACGGCGUGCUGAGCCGCAAGAGCCACGCCGACAUGGACGGCAAGCGCACCCCGAGGGGUCGUCGCGGAUGGAAGAAGUUCUACGCGGUUCUGAAGGGGAUGAUCCUCUAUCUCCAGAAGGAUGAAUACAAGCCGGACGCCGAUCUGUCCGAGGCGGACCUGAAGAACGCGGUCCGGAUCCACCACGCCCUGGCCACGCGCGCCACCGACUACAGCAAGAGGCCCAACGUGCUGAAGCUCAAGACGUCCGACUGGAGAGUGUUCCUGCUGCAGGCCCCGAGCGAGGAGGAGAUGAUGUCGUGGAUCUUCCGGAUCAACCUUGUGGCGGCGCUGUUCUCUGCGCCGGCCUUCCCCGCCGCCAUCGGCUCCAUGAAGAAGUUCUGCCGGCCGCUGCUGCCCUCGUCAGGGACCAGGCUCAAGCAGGAGGAGCAGCUGCUGAGUCACGAGAGCAAGUUGCAGCAGAUGAGCCAGGAGCUGGAGGAGCACCGGAAGAGCCCGCCCUCCCCCGACCCCAAGAGCCGCGCCUGGGAGGAGUACCGCAUCAAGGAGCACUACCUCACCUACGAGAAGGGGCGCUACGAGAGCUACAUGGGGCUGCUGCAGGCCAAGCUGCGGGCGGAGACGGACGACCUGGAGAAGAUCGAGGCCAGCGUGAUGCUGGCCACGGGGGCCGAGGUGCCCCGCGCCGGGGGGGCUCUGCUCCGCAAGACCCAGUCCUCGCCCUCCAUCAGCCAGCACGCCCAGGGGCCCCCCAACGGCCGCGCGUCCGGUCGCACCGGCCCCGGGCAGCGGAGCUGAACCGGCCCCCCUGUCCCACCUUCCUCCUCCGCCUCCCCCAUCAUCAUUAUCAUCAGGGCCAACCCCCCCACUCUGUUAAAUGAGCGCUGAGCAGUGACAUCAUGGAUGAACAACCUUUCGUCGUGGAGUCUCCGUCUCCACGGUGAUGCUCCCUGAGCAAAGUAUGAAGAACGCUCCCCCCACCCCCAUCGUCUGAAAAGAAGCCCCCCCCCCCCUCCCCUUAUGGACGCACGUCCCACGUGAUCACUGCGGAUCUAUAACUCUGUCUGAAACCACGUCGUCAGUAUUAUUUGUGCAGCAGCCUCUGCCCCCUUCUUUGUAGAAGCAGAUUUAAGUUACGAUAUUUUUUUAUGUUUGGAUUUUGGACAGACCACAAGCGAAUAACUGUAGCAUUUUGUCUCGUCCCCGCUCACCUGCUUGUAUGUGGACACGUGCGUGCGUGUGUGUGAAUGUGUGUAUGUGUGUGUGUGUGUGUGUGCAUGUGGGUGUGUGUAUGUGUGUGGCUGCGUGAUGUCAACAAUCUUAUGAAAGAACUACAACAAUGGCUGCUCUCUGGAAGAACUUCGGGACAUUGAAGUACGACCCCCCCUUUCUGGGCGGAGCCUAUUUAUUUAUUUAUUUCAUAUCGUGGAGACAUUGUCGACCCGCGAUCGGAUUGGCUCACGCGUCCCGGCUCUUCUAUUUGAUUGACCCUUACGCACAUGAACCACCCAGAACAAUCUUUGGCCACAGCCACACAUUCCUGCCUUGCUUGAAAUCACCUGCACUCUAUAUACCACUGUUUAGAACGUGUCGUUGAAGCUUGUGAAAUGUUCCUGGUUCUCACAAUGUAAUGACCCAGACCUGCAGAGUGGCUUUGUCAUAACGUCUGGGGUUGUGUUUCUGCAGCCUUGAUGUACAGCAGCAAUAUGCAUUCUACUCUCGUCACUCCUGUCUCCAGAAUCAUGUGAAUCUGACAGGGACUCCGAGCGGUCUGUGGGUUCUAAUUUGGAUAAAGAGAUCCCUCUGCCGUGGACUUGUUUUAUUUUGUGUAGGUCACGGUGGUCAGCGUCGUGGAGGAAGGAAGCAGCUGAGCCCCGGGUGGGCCAGAGACCCCCCGAGACUUCCUGGAGGUCUCUGCUCAGCUUCCGAGCCGGAAUCGAACAGGAAACUCAUGUGUGGAAGGCCUACGAUUGAACCCGGACAAAAGUGUGUGCUUCUGGAUGGUGUUUAUGUGUAAUGUUUUGUGUGGGUGUUCUGUUUACGCCCCCGUGGGUUUUGUGUGUGCAAACAUCUUUGCGUGUGUGUGUGUGAUUGAGAGAGAAUGCACACACUGCAUGUAUGCAUGCCAUUAAGUGCUUGCAGUUGAGACAGGGUUUCUACAGAGAGAACAGGGUGGUAACAUCAGGGAACCAGGGUUUCAUUCCUUUGUAAGAUGACAUGUUUGAACCGCUAUUCAGCAUGUGUAUGUGUGAAGUAGGACUUCUUACACAAACGUAAAAUGGUUUACUGCCAGCUACAUAACACAAAUCAACUCGCUAAUGAAACGAUGAAAGACCUCACCGCCGUCAGUCCCCACAGACCCGCUGUGUUUCUCCUUCUGUGCGGAGACGUUUGGAGACCGCUGUCGGACACGUCUAUUCAUUAGAGUGUUUUGUCCGAGGACACUGGGGCGCAGACCGCGUAUCGCUGGCGGUAUUUACGACGUUACGACGGUGUCAGAGUGUAGAGGUCAAGGCGCGGAGCGGGUGUUUUUUUACUGUUGUCUGGUAGGUUGGUUUAGCAGCGGGCCUGCUGAUCAGACUGGCGAGGGUGACCUAUCUCUGGGGAUCCACCGACGGCGUUACCACAGACACCAGCUCUUCAUCAUGGCGAGGAGGAGGAGGGCGGACCUUUGCUUCUGACGAGGAAGGAGCUCUUUUAUAGACAAAGGGGGGACCUGGGACACAUUGAGUCUCUUCUUGUUUUUUGGUUUCUUUGUACCAAGGUGGUUUUCAAAGUGUUUUCGGUUUGGAAGCUGACCUCUUCUGAUCGAGAGGCGAUGGGGUGGGCUGGGGUCUGAAGGUACUGCAAUUGAUAAGCACCUUAACUGAUCACCGUCGCUUUUACACACGCACACACACACACGCAGGUAUGAUUCUCUUAUGAAUAUAGCUUUGACACAACUGUAGAUCGGCUCAGCUUAUGCCCCCUCUACCCCAACCCUACCCCCCCCCCCUCCCCACCUGCCACUGGCCCCCAUGGACAGGAGAGGGAGUUGGACACCUGGGCCUGGUGGAAGCUAUGGCACUUACCCUCCGACUCUAGGCUUCUCUGAGGCGGGGGGAUUGGACAGUGAAUAAACAUUACAUCUGGAUUCUGAUGAGUCGCUGGACCACAUGGUUUGUAUAUUCCAGUCGAAGAGUCGCCAGAUCUCCCGAACGGACCUUCUCCCCUUUUCUAAAGCGGACUCGUAAGAAUAUAUAUAUAUAUGUACAUAUAUAUAUACACCCCUUGUAGUCACUUUGGCUGUCGUGCUAGGGUAGGCCUGUGCUGUAACAUAGAUUGUGAGCGAAAAAAUAAUAUUGAAACUGUUGAUUUGUUUAUUUAAGGAAAUGACAACUAAGGCGCUUCGAUGUCACCGUUGAACAUACUUUUUGUUCUUUAUUUGGUUGUCCAUUUGUUUGUAUAUCCGAUGUGUUUCCGGCCUGGAUACCAAACUAAUGUAAAGGACAUAUUUACUGGGUAGUCCGUGCUUCAUAAAGUAAGCUUUUAUACA